AAGAAGAUCAUCCAGGAGGGGGUGUCUCACAUCCCAUAAGACAAGGAAAGCUGAGCAGCCUUCCAAAGACAGCUCUAGAGAUAUUCUCACUGGAAAGACAGUCUUCCCUGUAAUUCUUGUCCAGCCAUCAGCUAUUUACUGAGGAUCUAUUAUGUACCAAAGUUAUUAGUGCCAUGGAAAUACAUAAAGGUCCUAAAUGAAAUGGUUAUAGGAAAACAGUUUCUGCUACUCUGCAUGUUGUUCUCAUAAGCUUAAAAGAAAAGAAAAGAAAAGAAAAAAAGUUCAGAAAGAAAAGCACUGACAUAGAAGAGUGGACAGGAACAGGAAGGAUGUUCCAAGCGGGAGGAUCAGCAUCAGCGAUGAUAUUCAGAUGAAGGGAGAGGCUGGGAACGUCGGGAAGUCCAAGCAGCUCAAUGCGAGCACCCCACCCAGCAUACUGGAGGGACACAUCUGGGGCUCCAUGAGGAGGACGGCUUUCAUCUUGGGCUCUGGUCUUCUCUUGUUUGUGGCCUUCUGGAAUUCAGUUACAUGGCAUCUUCAGCGAUUUUGGGGUGCUUCUGGCUACUUUUGGCAAGCCCAGUGGGAGAGGCUGCUGUCGACCUUUGAAGGGAAAGAGUUGAUCCUCUUCAUUGUAGGUACCACCCAAGUGCCUUGUCUGCUCUUCUGGGCCUUCAAUGGGCUUCUACUGGUGGUGGACACCACUGGAAGACCCAACUUCAUCUCCCGCUACCGAAUUCAGGUUGGCAAGAACGAACCGGUAGACCCCACGAAACUCCGCCAGGCUGUGCGCACAGUUCUUUUCAACCAGUUCGUGAUCACUCCCCCCAUGGCAGUCUUCUUCUUUCCCCUCUUCAAGUGGCGGGGAGACCCCUGCGGCCGGGAGCUGCCAACCUUCCACUUGUUCCUUCUGGAGCUGACCAUCUUCACCCUAAUUGAGGAAGUCUUGUUCUACUAUUCGCACCGGCUCCUUCACCACCCAACAUUCUACAAGAGAAUUCAUAAGAAACACCACGAGUGGACAGCCCCCAUUGGGGUGACCUCUCUCUAUGCCCACCCUAUAGAGCACGUGGCCUCUAACAUGCUGCCAGUGAUCGCAGGCCCCUUUGUGAUGGGCUCCCAUUUGUCCUCCAUCACGGUGUGGUUUUCCUUGGCCCUCAUCAUCACCACCAUCUCCCACUGUGGCUACCACCUACCCUUCCUGCCUUCGCCUGAAUUCCAUGACUACCACCAUCUCAAGUUCAACCAAUGCUAUGGCGUAUUGGGGGUGCUGGACCACCUCCAUGGGACCGACACCAUGUUUAAGCAGACCAAGGCCUAUGAGAGGCACAUCCUGCUGCUGGGCUUCACCCCACUCUCGGAGAGCAUCCCCGACUCCCCAAAGAAGAUGGAGUGAAAGGGCCCUUGCCAGUCCUAUCCCAAGAGUGGGAUUCCAAGACACCGAGGCCUCAUGAUUGCACCUAACAACUUGCCUCCUUCAGCCACACACUCUAAUGACGGCACCAUUAGGGCAGAGGAGAGGCUGGCUUCCUAGAAAAGCAGGGCCAAGGAUAGGGCCAGGGCUUCCCCCAAACUUCUGCCCUUGUCCUUUCAUGGGACCAGGAGUUAGCUUAAGGAAAAGGAAAAAAAGGUUCCCCAGACUGGAGGCCAGUCAGAGGAGGAAACCGCUUUAAGAGGGCUCUGGCCAGGCCCUCUGGUCCUCUGCUGUGGGAUGGAGGAAGGUCAUCCCCUCCCCACUGUCUUGUGGCCUAGGUAAGAUGCAGAGAAUGAUGGAGAGGGCAGUAAGACUAAGGCAAUUUGGGCCCCAGGGAGAGCUCUUUCUGGUGUCAAGGAGUGGGGGAAUCAGAUAUCACUUUGCUUCUUCCUACCCCAAAAGGCUUUUCCAUAUCUUAGUCAGGCCAGGGCCAGUUGUCCCUGGCAAAUAGUUACAGGUCUGUUUUUCACAUGCCACAUGCCAGUCCCAAUUCCGCCCACUCCCAUCACACACACAGAGGUUCCAUUUCAACUCUGCCUCACUGCACAUAAACACCCACAGGUGCUCCUCCCUGAUCAACUGAUAACAAGGAAGCACAGGCUACACCCACGAGGACUGCUGAGCUGGGUGCCCUUCACCUAGAAGGAUCAGGGUCACAACCCUUUGGGGAUACCUGAGGCCUCUAAUUAACUUACAUGAACCAAAACCAGAGGUGAGAACCCUUCUUUCCCCCAAGAGGAGUCCAGAAAAAAAUGGCCAAAGGGCAAAACUCUUUUUCUCUGAAAUGGUUAACCAGUUUUCUUAACAGGGUUUAUUUGACUGGGUUUUAGCAGAUACAUUUUUCAAAUGAAAUCUAACCAGGACCCUUUUUAUCUGAAACAAAGCAACAGGGCUAUCUGGGUUUGAAACAAUCACCUACCUCCCUUACCUCCUCUUAGGAGCAACAUGCUCUUGAACCUUGUGGCUCCCAACAAUUCAGACUACUCUUUGAAAGGCCACCAUUACUACCAUUAUCAUCUACCCCCACCCUCCUGGGGAUUGAACCCAGGGGUGCUCUACCACUAAGCUACAUCCCCAGCCCCUUUUAUUUUUCUAUUUUGAAAAUAGAAAAUAUUGCCCAGACUGACCUUGACCUGUUGAGACUCUUACCAUCAACCUAGAGUCAUUGAGAUUAUAGAGGCAUGUGCCACCACAUCUAGUUAAUUUACUAAAUUCUUAUAUGUGUACUUAUGCCUAUUACUGACUUUCAGUUCUUUUGGGCCAAGAAAACCACCUACUGUGACCAGGUGAGAUGGUGCACACAGCUGUAAUCCUGUGACCAAGGCAGGAGGAUCACCAGUUCAAAGCCAGCCUGGACAACUUAGCAUGACCCUGCCUCAAAAAGUACAAGGGCUGGGGACAGAGCUCAGUGGUAAAGGUACCUCUGGGUUCAAUCCUUAGUACCAGGAAAAAGUAUAUAUAUAUGGAAAAUAAUCUACUGUGGUUUUACAAAAACCUUAACAUAGCUGGUACAGACCUGUAGACCUAGCUACCUGGGAGCUGAGGCAGGAGGGGCCAGUUUGGGGCCAGCCUCUUUGCAACAGUGAGCCCCCAUCUCUUUGAGACAAGGAAGAUCACACAGGGCCAAGCCUCCAAGCAAAACUACCCCAAACUACUUCCUUCUGAGCACCAGGACCGCAGAGGACUUGCCCAGUAGGCCAAGUCAACACUAAGCAGGCAGCACCUUCCCUGGCCUUCCAAGCCCCACCUGCCCCCUCUGGCCUUGAUGGGCCCAGGCCUGUCUAGUGUAUCCAACUGUUACAUUCUCCCACUGCUGGCCUGCACCCACCUACAAGCAAGCAUCUGGAAACAAGUCCCUCAGUACACUUGAGAGGAUGGGGGAUGAGGAGACUAUAUGAGAAUUGCUUUAGAUUUCAAGGUGCUGUACAAAAGGCAUAAAAGGACAAGAGGCUGUUAUUGUUCUAGCUGCCAUUGUUUGGCACCUGCACUUAUCCUUUUCUCAAAUAGAAUGGCCCUGAGGUUGGUAAAUAAGACUGGGGGGAAAAAGAAAAAAGCCUUGAAGUCCCAGCAGAAAAUGUGAAGAAAAAGCAUUUUAAAUAAACUUGCUUCCAUUUAUUCCUGA